UACUAUAGAUAUUCAUUGUGGUUGUCAAAACUACCCAUCUCAAGGAUUAAUAGUACCAGUGACUUUUCAUCGUUCUGUGCCUGGAAAUGAACAUUUCGAGUCAAAGGAUUUGCUGAAGAUGGUGGUGAAAAAUGUUAGAAGAUGACAGCGAAUGUUUGCGAGCUAGUUCUACGCCAUCUUUGGCCUCCCUCCCUGUCCAUAAAAAUAGAAAAACGGGAGUGCAUUUUGGAAUAUACAGGGAGAAAACUGUACCAGAGUACUUGGUGCCGAAAAAACCACGAGUAAAUCUUCACCAUUCCAGAAUCGUCAUACUCACCAUCAUGGCAUCCGGCAUUAUCCUUGUGAUAUGUUUGACACUACUUGAUUUUACGAUGACUCAAACGAGAAGUGUUCCAGUAAUCCAUUAUGCUCGAUAUCGCCUCGAAAAAAAUUCCAACCAAAAUUCUCAGGACUCCAAACCCAGGAGACAUAACUACACGCAAGCCGACCCUAAGUCUGACCUUCUCCUGUAUAGUUCUCCGUUGAGCAUAAGAAAAUCAAACUCCUCCGGUUGCUCCCACUGCGGCUCAGAAAAUGAAGAGAGUUUAGCAGAUGUGAAACAAAUUCCCUCGGUAAGCCGAAGUAAGAGAAUCCCUUUCGUUAGCAGCGAGACCGAUAAUGUGAGUGAUGAAUUUCAUGCUGUCGAUUUUCAGAGUCAAAAACUAAAAAGCCAUGAAGAUAAAAGCAUCACAGAGGAUAAAGCUCACCAUUCAAAUGGUAAUAUGGAAGGUAUUUUAAAGCGGAAAGAAAAAGCAUCACUAAUCAAUGACACUAGUAUAACACUUUUAUCUGAUGGUAUCGACACAACCCAACAAAUUUUAGCCGAGACCGAAAUCCCUGAUAUCAACAAAACAGAUCUUUACACACAUGAGAAUACUGAGGAGUUUUCGACAAGUUCAACAGACUCUUGGACCGAACGAACAUCACCACAAAGCGAGAAAGAACUCUCUAAAAUGUUUGAAGGAUCAACAGAGUCAUGGACCGAAAAAAUACCAUUUGAGGACGAAGAAUUCCGGAUGGGAUCUGAAGAGGGUGAUCCGAGUCAUAAUUUACACUAUGUCUACGUCGAGCCAAAAAAACCGGCGUACGUUACCCCUAUUCCGGAGAGCCAAAAUCCGGAACCGGAGAUUCGAACCACGAUCGCUCCGGAAAACCACCGUAGAUUCCCAGCACGCCCACGCAGUCGACCCGCAAAGCUCUACUCGAAAAGAAAAAGCCCCAACUCACGGUCCAACGGUGCUCGGGCCCUACCGCAAAUCCAAAUCCUCGAAAGUGAUUCAUCUCAACAGCCACAAAAGUUGGAAUUGAUCAGCCCUCAAGUCACACUCGAAAAAGGAGGCGUGUUCGAAGAUGAUUCUUUUCCGGACCCGAACCCUGCACCAAAGUCGGAAACGCGACCUAUGGAACGACGCAUAUCUUUCGCCGAUUUCGAAGAGUACCCGCAACUUUCCAACUAUAAAAAUUUGGACCACGUCAAAAGUGUUAUGGACAUUAUACAAUAUUUAAACACAGAGAGCCCGUUCGAAGGAACCUCAAAAGACAAACUUGCAUCAAAUUCCGGUUCCAGACGUAAAGAACGCCACAGGCAACGGACCAACGCCCGCGCUGAAACACAGAAUGAACCGACUGAUGACCCGUAUACCGCUGUCGAGACCGUGGAGAAAGAACUCACCUAUCCUCCUGAUUUCGGUGACACACGCCCGGUGGAUAAUUUCGUCCCUUUGCGGAAACGCAUCGGCUCCAAGCGUUACGAUUUUGACGCAGCCAAAAAUCAAGAGUCUAAUGAUUAUUUGACUUCGGAUUUGGGUGACAUUCACAGUCCCGUCAUUCCUGACGACCCGGAACCUUCGAAAAUUUUGGACGAUCGAGCUCAGACCUCGGUCCCCGAUUUUAUCGAGGGGCGAUAA